AUGUGCGACUGCAACUGCAAGCUGGACUGCAGCGGAUGCGACUGCGAUUGCUGCGACUGCGGCUGCUGUGACGGCGACUGGGGCUGCUGCGAGUGCGUCGGUGCGUUCACGAGCUGCUUCCGCUGCACCUGCGGCUGCGAGUACAACGACUGCUGCUUCAACGACGCCGACUCGAGCGAGUCUUUCUCGUGGGCAACGCGGAGAGCGUCCAGUUCAAGCUUCCCCGACGUCGCUCCGUUCCCGAUCAUGCUCUCACCGACGAUCAAGCGCGCGUCCAAGUGGCUGCACCACCAUUUCGACUAA